AUGGCGUCAACUGGUGCCUCUUACACAUUGGUGUGCGACAGUCGUAUGGAUACUUACGGAUAUUUAUAUACUUUGCCAUUCAUUUCAAGCAGUCCACAAUCGAAUCUAGUAGUAGCCGAAGAUGACGGUGGCUCUCAAAACAAUUUUCAGAUAACAGCGACUUUUACGGUGACUCAAUCCAUGAUCCUCGUUGUUACAACAUACCAUCCGGACGACGUAGGAGAAUUCAAUAUUUCAAUUCACGGUCCCGCACAAUUAAGCUUAACACCGUAUAUUUCCACGUCAAAUAUCGGAACGAACACCAAUGAAGCAACCAGUGUAGACACUAUUGCAACAACUACUACAACUUCUACAACUACUACAACUGCUACUACUGCAACUUCUACAACUACUACAACACUCAUAAUUACAACAGCAACUACAGUAACCACCAAACUACCUACUACAGUAACCACCAAACUACCUACUACAGUAACCACCAAACGACCUACUACAAAAAGCACUAGAAGAACUAGUACAAAAGCUACUAGAAGAACUACGAAUAACCCCACUAGACCAACUAUUACAACGCCAACUACAGUCACAGCGACUACGUAUGGUAUCCAGUCAAGCUAUUCAGGCGCCUUGACCAAGAAAGACUCUUCGUUUAUGCGCCCAAAACAAGGAGAAUACGGUUUCUACUUCUUGGCAAUUAAAUUAAAGACUUCAAGUAGCGGCAUUUAUACGCUUGUAUGCGAAAGUGGUAUCGAUACUUAUGGAUGUCUCUAUAAUGAAUCAUUUCUUCCAAGCAGUCCAAAUUCGAAAUUAAUAGCGACAGAUGAUGACAGUGGUUCAAAAAAGAAUUUUAAGCUGAUAGCAAAUUUGACAACAACUGAGUCUAUGAUUCUCGUUGUUACCACAUACAACGCUGAACAAACUGGAGCAUUUAAAGUUAUAGUCUACGGUCCAGAAAAAGCAAUUUUAACUCCGUACGUCACAAUACCACUUACUACAACAAGCACCUCUACAACAACAAGCACUUCUACUACAGCAACCACCUCUACUACAACAACCACCUCUACAACAACGCGCACCACUAGAUCCAGAAUUGGAGGUAGGUGA